AUGGCACCUUCUAUCCCAAUUCCCACCCAAGGUGGCAUGUUUCAUACUUUUCAAGGAGUCACACCUCGGAAGCAGUCAACAGACUCUACUGAGAGUGCCAAAUCAGGCGGCAACGGCACUUCGAAGCGCAUCACCACACCCCAUGCCUGCGCAGAAUGCAAACGCCGUAAGAUCCGAUGUGACGGCCAACAGCCAUGUGGCCAAUGCCUGUCAAGCCGAGCACCAAAGCGGUGUUUCUAUGACAAGCAUCGUCAACGUGUGAUACCGUCAAGAAAGACACUCGAGGCUCUGUCCCAAUCUUUAGAGGAAUGCCGGUCCAUCCUCAAAAGGUUAUAUCCCAACCACGAAGUCCAAGCACUACUGCCAUUGUCACGUCAUGAGUUGCUCAGCCUUUUGGACCGCCCAACCCUAGAUACCAUCAAUGCGUUACCAUCACCGCCCCUUCAUACUUCACCGCUUUCGGCGGAUAUGAGCUCACCACGACUCUCGGCAACCGAACAGGGCAUCGCCAGCCUCGAACAAAUCCCGACCAGAGAUACCGAGUGGGACGAAGAACGCCGAGGCCGUGACCACCUCCCCAUCGAGUCGGACGACGUCAAUGCCCUAUCUCUAUCCGUGGACCGACAAGCAUCAUACCUGGGUGCAUCCUCAAUCAAGGCAGCGUUGAUGGUCAUGCUCAAGGUCCAGCCGGGCCUCCGGAACUCCCUCACACCCCCACUGAACAGCGUCGAGAUGGCACACAACCUGCCAACUAUGAAGCAAAAGGUGACAAACACAAAAGAGCCGCAGCGAGUUCCUUGGUCUUGGAAAGGCCAGACCUUGAUCGAUGCCUAUUUCAAGCGCCUUCACGUCUUCGUUCCUAUGCUCGACGAGGCAUCCUUCAGAGCCGACUACCUGGAGGGGCAGAGAUUCGACGCCUCUUGGCUCGCACUUCUCAAUAUGGUUUUUGCCAUGGGCAGCAUUGUGGCGAUGAAAUCGGAUGACUACAACCACUUCAACUACUACAACAAAGCGAUGGAGUAUCUGCCCAUGGACGCGUUUGGCAGCAGCCACAUCGAGACGGUACAAGCACUGGCUCUCAUUGGUGGAUAUUAUCUCCACUACAUCAACCGCCCCAACAUGGCAAACUCGGUGCUCGGCGCUGCUAUCAGAAUGGCCAGCGCUCUUGGGCUUCACAGGGAAAGUCUGGCCCAAGGUACGGCUGGCAGCAAUAAUGAGAUUGCUGCCGCCGAGACGAGAAGACGCACUUGGUGGGGCCUCUUCUGUCUGGAUACCUGGGCUACUACAACAAUGGGCCGCCCAUCGUUUGGUCGAUGGGGCCCUGCCAUCAACAUUCGCCCCCCUGAAACUGGUAUCAGCUCUGGCCGCGACUCAGCCCAGCACGCUGGCAUUCUUCCCUUAAUCGAGAACAUCAAGUUCUGCAAAAUUGCCACGGGCAUUCAAGACAUGUUGGCGAUCACGCCCCUUCUUCGCACGGAAGACCGCUGCAACCUGGAUGGUCAGCUGGUCAACUGGUACAGCAACUUGCCAUGGCUGCUUCGUACCAGUGACCCUUGCGCCGAGCCUCUCUAUAUUGCACGCUGCAUUAUGAAGUGGCGAUACCAGAACCUGCGCAUGCUUCUGCACAGACCAGUACUUCUACAUCUCGCGAGCAGUGGCGCUUCUCACGCGGCCGAACACGACAUUGCCGCUAUUGAAGCAUGCCACGAUCUUGCUAAGCAGACCAUCGAGGACAUUGCUCGCGAGUGGACCCGUAAUCAGAUGUCGGGCUGGAACGCCGUUUGGUUCCUCUACCAGGCAGCCAUGAUCCCCUUGGUCAGUAUAUUCUGGCAAUGGGACAGCCCGAGGGUGCCGGACUGGCAGAAGCAGGUUGAGACCAUUUUGGAGCUCAUGGAGGCCAUGGAAGACUGGUCUCUGGCCGCGCGCAGAAGCCGCGAGGUGGUCUGGCGCAUGUACGAAGCCUCGAGGCAACUGGAACCGGGUUUGCGGGCCCAUAGUCCCGGCCCUUUGCACCGACUGGUGACUACUGACCACGGCGGCAUCAUCAUGGCGGAUGGUUCCGAAAUACAUAUGUCACCAAUCGGGCUAGAGCCCGAGGGCCUGGGGAUGAUGGGGGUGCUGGACCAGCACGGGCUAUGGGAUCUCGAUGGCAUGCUCUGGGGUGGUAUGACUGCCGACGAAAUGGAGUAUGCAGCACACUUAGGUCACGUUCACGACAGCAUGAUGCACAUGGAUUACGGUAUGAUGGGGGUUCAUCCUACGGCCGCCGGCAUGGACGGCGCUGCAUUUACGUUCGUUCACUGA